CACCAAUGACUCCUUUGUAAACAAGACGUUGACUCGCUGAGUGUAUUUCCCGAUUCACAUACACCCCAUAUAGCCUAGGUUGUGGGAUGUGGAUUCUUGGAAAUAGUUGUCUAAAUUAAUUGACAGUUAAUUUUAAUCUAGAGAUUAUUGAUAAGUAAAAUUUAAUCAUUAAUUGCCAUAAUUUUAAAAUAAAAUUAAAAUACAAAUGAGUGGCGUUAUAGGGUCUUUUAAAUUUCAAAGUUGUUGAUGUGUAGUGUGAGAUUUGAAAAAUGUUUGAUGAAAGAAUCGUAGCCUCAGUGUUUUGCUAAUUUUGUUUUUCUACAGUAUUCAUUGAAGAAACAGUCCCAAAAUAAAUUGUAUACUUAGAAAUGGCUGCUCCACAAAGUGAAGAUGAUGGGAUUCUGAGGGAGUGGGCUCCCUUGAGUGGGUUCUUGAAGGAGGUUCCGCUAACGGUGCGACGUGGCCUGUUUCUCGAAACAGUGGCCUUGACUUGUAUCGAUGUGGUGCCAGAAUAUCUUGCUGUGGGCACCAACAUCGGUGUCGUGUAUUGGUACAAUCGAGAGACGCAUGAAAUGCAGCGAUUACGUCCCGAGAAGACAACACACAAGAUUACCAGUGUGAAGGUGGUCUCCUCAGUAGACUACAUGGUGGCUGCUGGUGACAACAGUGGCACUGUCACCGUGUUCAAGAUCCCGAAACCUACGCCUCAAUGGAUCAGCUCUGCUUAUAAACAAAACACCUCCAACAGCGUGGAGCGGUACACGGUGGGAGGCCUCCACUCUGCUCCUGUCACUGCUCUUGAGUGGAGUAUGAAUGGUCAAAAACUGUUUAGCGGGGAUGCUACAGGUCUCGUUGUUUUCACCGAAAUUGACUAUCACAUGAAUUUGAGCAAGGCGUGUGAAAUACUCAAUGAGAAGUACAGAGUGGUACAGCUUAGUUUCAACCAAAACGCUCAAUCCUUGGUGGUAGCCACAGAGUACCGGUGUAUCGUUGCUCACCGACAGGACAACGGUAGCUGGAGGGUGGUACAGGUCGGACAACAGGAGAGGAGAAGCUUAUGCCGUGUGGGAGCAACAUUUUUUCCUCAUCCAGACCGCCCACUGCAACGUGUCAUCUAUUCAGGGCGAACUGGUUGGCGCUUCUGGUUGUCUGACAGUGAGGGCUGCGUGCACAAGACACUCAUCUUCAAGGACAUGGUUAGAAAACCUCACCAACACAUUCGACUUUUACAUCCGCCACCAGUGAAGGACACAUCGUGGGAAGACCUAGGACCUGUGUUUGCCUGGCGAGGCACAUACCUUGUCACCUUUAACUCCUCCACUCUGAUCAUUCUGGAUCCCCAGAACAUCUCGGUGUUGGCUAGCCUCUGUGGUCUCUCAGACCUCCACUCUGUGUCUCUCACUCCGACAGAGAUCUUCAUAAUCUAUGGCACACGCAACAUCACAAGACUCUCCUACAUCCCUGACUUGUAUGCAGUGAAACAAGAAGAUUCGGGAAUUUCUCUUUUGGAUUUGAAAGUCUCACCUGUUGCUGACACAUUGCUAGAUUUCACGUCAAAAAUCAAAACCACAGCAACCCAAUUUGUCAACAGCCGUCCUCCAACAACCGUAAAUGGGUUAGUGGAAGAGAAUGUGAUGACUGGAACAGACGCACUGGAGCUGGAACUGCCGCCUGUCUUGCCGCUGGACACCGAAGUUCAGGAGCUGACAGUCCAGUUAGAUGAGAGGGUACAGAUCUUGGAGCAGAUCGGAAAGCAAGAUUUUGAUGACAUUAUCUACAGGAGAGCUAAAGGAAAAUGUCAGAAAGUGAACAAAACAAGCCGAUCGCCUAAUGGUGUGGGGGUGGAGUCCAGUUCUGACACUGUCAGUGUAGCCAGUGCCAAGUCGGUGGAGUCCUGCGACAGUGAACCUAACACAAGACCUCCAUCCAGAAACAACAAUGUACUUCCAGAAUCUCAACCACAGCCUCGUUUAUCGCUAGAUUUAGUUUCAAGUUCCAAUCGUCUCUGUGGGACGAUUCCUCCCGACAUAUUACCUGAUCUCAGGAGUCCUGAUUCUAUCCUCAGAGACGUUGAAGACAAAGAAAUACUAGUAGCCAAAGCAUUCAACCUUGGAGAGAUACUCCUAAAUAAAGAUAAAAAGUCAAACAAAGAAACUGCUCAGACGACCAGUGACAGCCUGAGGGAAGAGGCACUCAGCUACGGCCCACCAUCAGGCAGCAGCAGUGCCAUACCCUCGCUGGAGGCUGCCAACCCUCCUGGUCUCCCUGACAUCAACCUGUCUGUGCUGAAACCCAGCCAGGAGGUCUGCGAAAAAACUGAUUUUGAAGACCCAUUGGCACAAGACACCUGUGAUACAUCACCAGAAACGGACACUCUGUUGGAGCACAAUGACGGAUGGACUCGAGUUUCGACUCCAGAAAUUGCCCAGUAUCUGAGUGCCUGCCAGGGGUAUGUGUGCAUGAGUGGACCGAGUCGUACCAUACACAUCGGCCCUGACUGGCGCCGGCUGGACUACCGAGCUGUGGACCUGGCGUUGGCUCCUGACGGCCAACUGGUGUGGAAACUUGACUUUGGAGUCGCGUCCGCCCUUGCAGACGUCACCACUCAAGGUCCAGUGGGGUCGAGGUGGGAGACAGCUGCACGGGGAGUGGAAAGUGUGGCGUUGUCUGACUCCAGCGCCUGGUAUGUUACUCAAGGCAAAGUCUAUAUCCAGACUGAACUGUCGCGCAGCAUACCAUGCCGCGAGGGAUGUCAGGUACCUUGCCAAACUCUUGCACUGAAGGUCUGCUGCUCGCACAAUAUGGUGUGGUUACUCACUACCGACUACUGGCUGCUGUGGCGGGCAGGUAUCACGGAGCAAUGUUGUGAGGGUACCCACUGGCAGCAGGUCAAUGUCCCCUCUCAGCUACAGGUGGCUGACAUUGCACUCGGUCCCUACAACUUGGGCUGGCUGGUCGAUCGAAAUAACUGUGUCUACUUUUCGGACAACUAUGCCAGUGAGAACUGCCUCUGGUGGCAGGUGUUGAUAAGAAACUACUUAUUUGAGAACAACAGCAUCUUGUGUCAAAUAUCCACCAAUGACAACUCAAUUUGGGUCACCAAUAGAAUCUCUCCCUUUGUGUAUAAGAACUCAACGUCCAUAAAAGGCCAUCGGUGGAACGAAGUAGUGAUCAAGAACCUAACAACACAGCUGCGCUGGAGACAGAUAACUGCAGAAGGUGUCUUUGAAGAGAAAGGCUCCUUGUGGCUGUUGUCUUCUGCCAACGAUUUGUUCCAUCUUCGACCUGACUGUGACAAUGUCAAUGUAAUAGCACUGCCCUGUCGUGCGGAGGAUGUGGCCAGUCUGACUGCGGCUCCCCACGCUCUCUGGCUGCUCACUCACUCUGGACAGAUCCACGUCAGACAGGGGAUGGGAGACUCGUGUCCCCAAGGGGACAAAUGGCGCACACUCAACCUUGAACAGAUUAGUGACAAACAGGUGACCCUGCGGCAUGUCAGCUGUGGCUGUGACAUAAUCUGGGCCUGUGACACCAAAGGUGAUAUGUACAUGGCGGUGGGCUCACCUUAUCUGAUAGCCACUGAUACCUUUUCUCCAGCGUGGGUGCAGGUCGAUGGCAGACCCUUGUCGAACACUCAUUUCGUAAAGGUGUUUGUGGGCUCGGAGACGCACAUUGUGUGGGCGCUAGACAACAAGAACAACAUCUAUGUUAGGUCUGGGAUAUUCCACGACUACCAGCUGGGCACUGAUUGGGUGUUGGUCCCAGAUCUGCAGGCUGCAGAGAUCACGAUCAGUGGGUCGACAGUCUGGGCGUUGUCCACAGCUGGAUCAGUGUUCUGCCGGCUUGGUAUCUCAGAGAACAACUACAUCGGCAACUACUGGUACCAAGUCCCAGGUUCUCUCUGCCAUCUGACAGCAUCACUGAGUGAGGGGUUGUGGGGAGUGUCGGACCGGACCGGCGGACUGGUGGUCUACUCACACCAUGAAGUGCCACUCACCGAGGCGGACCGACAGGCUCUCACCGCAACAGUGGAUCGAGAUGACGACUGGGAGGUUAUAUAGGGUCGGCUGCAACUGCAAUACGCAACAGACUUGGGCUGAUCUCUUAGCCUGACGUGGUUUUGUGUAUGAACAAGACCAAAAUCUUCAACUUUGGUUUAACUGCUGUAGCUAGCAAUAAAUGGGGAAAUCUACUAAUUGACUUCUUCUACUUAGAAGAUGAAUUGAUUUUUUAAAUCAUACACCUCUAAUGAGGUGGUAAAUAUGCAGAUAUUUAAAAUAUCACUUCUUGUUGUUCCUUUUAUUACUCUAUGGAAAAUAUUUUGUAACUUAGAUUUUAGACUAUUAAGCAUACUAUUGUCUUGUUAAAUAGAAUAAGUGUUCCAGUCUCAAAAACAAAAGACAAUGAUUACAACCAUUCCUGAUUCUUUAAUAAAUUGUGUAGAGUAAUUUAAAAACGACAUCUUAUGGAGUGUAUAUUUUUUUAUUUACGUGAAAGAGUCCAAAGUUUCAGGCUGUGAUACAUAGAAUUGUGAGUGGUGCUGAUGUAGAUUGUUUAAUUUUGUUAUUGUUUGUACAUUUUGUGUGACCUAUUCGUGGAUAAGCAUUUUUUUCACUAUAAGUGUGGAAAAUCAUGAAUUCGAAUAAAGCUGACUACAAUGUAUUAUUGUAUGAAAUUUGUGUAUUUUAUAAAAAAACUUAUUUAAGCAGCAUUAAAUAUGCGCAGUAUUUUCUUGUUUUGUGAUUAUAUGUAUUUGGUUCUUUUGACCUAUCACUAUAGAUGGUAUAAUUAAACUUGCUUGAAAUUGUGAUCAAAAAGUUUUGUCAAUAAAAAUUAUUAUUGUCUUUUUA